CCUAGAGUCAAUAUCUUCUGGGCUACUCGUCCAUCUCCAACUCGUUCCUAAUCAGUAUCAGUCCACCAUCGCCAUAAACUCAUCGCCGCCAUCUUCUCUCAUGGCUGCCUACCUGGCUAUUCGCGCAGUAUCGACCAGCUAGGCACCUAUUCAUAAUGUCCAUUGCAAUCUGGCCUCCUGUCUCGCCGGCCGAGCUCAGACUUAAAGCCUCCGAAACCCAGGCGCGCGAACUCGAUUGGAUCGUCGACGAAACACUCGAGGUCUGCCGCGAUCUUAAACAUGGCCUCGAGGAUUGCUAUGCGCUCCUCGCGCCUAUCGAUCCGGGCAGUACACUCGUCAUGAGUACACCGCGCAACGAAAAGGUCAAGGGCACGCUCACUCGUGUCGGUACUCGUAUUGUCAAAGGCACUAUACAUCUCCAGCUUCGAACGAUACCCCCACAGACCUUUUCCCUAUCGCAGUCCAAAGCUAUUCAUAUCCAAGGCCUCGAUGCUCUGCACGGCUACCUAAACCAGUCCAUCGAUCUCCUCGCUAUUACCUUGUCCAAACCACAGGACGCUAGCUCACUCGCCUCUACUCUCAGUAUUCUUGCUGAUUCUCUCUCCGAUUCAUCAGCUAUUCUCAAAGGACCUCCUUUAACAGACUCUGAUCCUGCUUGGCAGAUGUGCUCAUGUUCACCAGACCAGUUUGUGCCAUCAAUUGGGCCCAACCUCAGCUUUUAUCUCGGUCUUCAAGAAAGCUGCAUAAUUCUUUGGUUGCGUGCUCUAGAACCUGUUCAUGCGCAUGUUCAUUUUGGCACCAAGCUUGGUCUAGCCUUUGGAACUGUACGUCGGCUGGAGCAUGAUGAGAUGGACACCGUUUUCCGGUAUAACACACAGGGGUCCAACAUUGGCGGCUCGAAGCGGGGCAGUGCCCGCCAUACCCCAGAGCCAGGAUCGUCUGCUGCAGAAGUGGAUAGUAAUGAUAUUCAGGAAGUCUAUGUCCGGGAAAAGGUACGCGUCGAAAGCGCAGAUCCGAGUCUCAUAUCCAUUCAGUCCAAGCUUAGCUACCUCAGUCACAUGCUUGGCCAAGCGCGAAGGAACAUUGCUGAGGUUCUAAGUGUUGACUCUUAGAAGUGAGGGGAAAGGCCAUGUGAGCAGCUUUGCAUGUAAACUGAUUGGAUACCCUGGCGUUGAGGUGACAAUGGAUCUUAUUGGGCGGGGUUUUCACUCCCAAGCUUGUUUUGGAUUAUCAUCGCCUUGGAAGGCGUAAAAAUCGAUAUCACUGCAUGCUGCCAUAUUAUGAAUGCUGCUUCUUCAGU